AUGGAGAAAGAAGACGGCGUGAAGAAGGUGGCGGUGGCGGCGACGCCGACCCUGACCACGACACCGACCCUCACCGCACCGCUGCCGGCACCGGAGAAGGAGCCGGAGACGCAGGAGAAGUGCUACAAGAAGACGGUGGGGGAGGAGGCGACGUUCCUGGAGACCGCCAAGGACUACUUCAACCAGUUCAAGGAGAUACCCGCUCAGAAGCACUGGAUCUGCCUCAAGAACUACUUCAACCAGAAGUGCGGCUCGGUGUUCGGCAAGCAGAAGGUCGAGCCUGUGGUGAAGGAUGAUGAAACUCCGGAGGUGGUGGCGAAGCCGUUCUUAGAAUGUGAACCUCUGUCUGUGCCUGAAAUUGAAUCGUUACCGCAACCAUUUGCCAUGAUUUCGUGCUUCUGUGUUAAGAUGGCUUCAAGCAAUGGCCAGACAGAAGCUCCGGCCCCAUCUGUCCCCAAAAAUCCCGCUAUGGCAUCAUGCCGGAAGAAGAAAACAGAUGAUGCUACCUUCAUCGAAGAUCUGAAAGACCACAUCGAUGAGUUCAUUCAUGCCUCCAUGGAUGAGCACAAGACCUGCUUUAAGAAGACAAUCCAGAAGAUGUUUGGGAUGUCAAAGGCUGUUGCAGAGAGAUCCGCGGCAGAAGCAAAGGAAGCUGAAGUUGAAAGUGCUUUGCCACUUCAGACCAGUGUCUCGCAGUAG